UUUUAAACUAAGCGCUAAGACAGACUAGUUACAUACAAAACCUGGUUGAUAUCUUCAUCCCGAUAUUAUAACUAUCCAUCUACAUCCACAGUCUAGAGAACAUUUAGGUUGAUCCUAGUUUCGUUUCCGUUUUUGUUCUGUAUACUUGGUUUGGUUUUCUGAACUGAUUUAAUAGUUGUAUGUCGAAUCGUCAACAAUUUACUUCCAAUCCAGCCGCUAUUGCUGCAGCGCAAGCAUCUGUCCCAUUAACCUCACCACUUAAAAUGAAUAACAGCAAUAGUCAUCUUAACAAUUCCUCCACCGGCGGUCACCACCACCAUCAUCACCAUAAUGGCGGUAUUGCUAGUGGCGCUUCCAAUGUCGCUAAUUCCAAUACUCAAUCAAACUCUAAUAAUAACCUGUCGGUUGUUGGCUUACAUUACAAAAUAGGUAAGAAGAUUGGUGAGGGUUCCUUUGGGGUCAUUUUCGAAGGUACCAAUAUAAUAAACGGUGUACCAGUUGCAAUCAAGUUUGAACCAAGAAAGACCGAGGCUCCACAAUUAAGAGACGAAUAUAGAACUUAUAAACAUUUACAAGGUUGUGAAGGUAUACCAAACGCUUAUUAUUUUGGUCAAGAAGGUUUACAUAACAUUUUAGUGAUUGACUUGUUGGGACCUUCCUUAGAAGAUUUAUUUGAUUGGUGUGGAAGAAGGUUUUCUGUUAAAACCGUGGUUCAAAUUGCCAUUCAAAUGUUGACUCUUGUUGAAGAAGUUCAUCGUCAUGACUUAAUUUAUAGAGAUAUAAAGCCCGAUAACUUUUUGAUUGGCCGCCAAGGUUUACCUGAUGAAAAUCACGUCCAUUUGAUUGAUUUUGGUAUGGCAAAACAAUAUCGUGAUCCAAGAACUAAGCAACAUAUUCCUUAUCGAGAAAAGAAAUCAUUGAGUGGAACUGCUCGUUAUAUGUCUAUCAAUACUCAUUUAGGUAGAGAACAACUGAGAAGAGAUGAUUUAGAAGCAUUGGGUCACGUCUUCUUUUACUUUUUAAGAGGUCAAUUACCAUGGCAAGGAUUGAAGGCACCAACCAAUAAACAAAAGUAUGAAAAAAUUGGUGACAAAAAGAGAACCACCCCUGCAGUUACUCUUUGUGAUGGCUUACCGCAACAAUUUGCGGAAUAUUUAGAUUCAGUAAGAUCAUUACCAUUUGAUGCUGAACCAGCUUAUGAAGAAUAUAGAAUGUUACUUCUUUCAGUAUUGGAUGAUUUAGGACAAUCCUGCGAUGGCGAUUACGAUUGGUUACAUCUUAAUGGCGGUAAAGGUUGGGAUGCUUCUAUUAACAAGAAGCCUAAUUUGCAUGGAUAUGGUCAUCCCAACCCACCUAAUGAACGUGAAAGAAGACAUAGAGACCAAAGAAGAAGUAGACAAGCUCAACAACAAUUACAACAACAGCAACAACAGCAAGGUCAACCAAUUCAAGCACAACAACAACAACAGCAACAGCAACAAACUGUUCAAUUACAUCAACAAAAAUUGCAGCAUUUGGUUAAUCGUCCAUUACCUCCUAUUAAACAAGAAUCUCAACAAGGUGUUACUUCUAGUGGCGGUCCAGACUUGAUGAAUAAUAUGACCAACCAAGCUGGAGGAAAAUAUGAAGGAUACAAUAAUAGACAAGAUCAUUAUCAACAACAACAAAUUAUUGAUGAUAAUCAAGAAAGUAAAGGAUUCUGGUCCAAAUUAUGCUGUCAUUAAAAAAAAAAAGACUUCUGUUUUAGAUUUUAUAUGCAUUGUGUGUUGUUACCAAGGAGUUUAAUUCAAUAACUAUAACUAUUACGUUUCGGUUUUAUUUGCUGUUUGUUUAUAUAAACUGCUUUCUUUAUUACAAAAUGUUAUUAUUUUUUUUUUACUUAUAUACAGUUAUUUACAUUCAAAAAAUCACCUCUAUAAUUCUUCUUUAUCUAUUUAUUUAGAUCAUGUCUAUUAAUAUAAAAAAAAUCUUUUUC